UGCAGCCAAGGAGGCCGGGGCUGUGCGCGGGCCGGGGGCGGGGGCUGGGGCCCGGCCCGGAGCGGCGGAGCGGGCGCCUCCGCUCUCCUCCUGCUCCUGCUUCAGCCUCUGCGCCCACUGCGCCGGCCGUGGGCCCCCUCGGCGCGGCUCUCUGCGCUGCGUGCCCGCCGGGCCCGCCGCUCCCCGGCCCAUGUACUGGAAGCACGAGAACGCCGCCCCGGCGUUGCCGGAGGGCGGCCCCGCCGCCGACCAGGUGAUGGCCCAGCCAGGGUCCGGCUGCAAAGCGACCACCCGCUGCCUUGAAGGGACCGCUCCGCCGGCCAUGGCUCAGGCGGACGCCGAGGCCCUGGCAGGCGCUCUGGACAAGGACGAGGGUCGGGCCUCCCCCUGUACGCCCAGCACGCCCUCUGUCUGCUCACCACCCUCUGCUGCUUCUUCCGUGCCGUCCGCCGGCAAGAACAUCUGCUCCAGCUGCGGCCUCGAGAUCCUGGACCGGUAUCUGCUCAAGGUCAACAACCUCAUCUGGCACGUGCGGUGCCUCGAGUGCUCGGUGUGUCGCACGUCGCUGAGGCAGCAGAACAGCUGCUACAUCAAGAACAAGGAAAUCUUCUGCAAGAUGGACUACUUCAGCCGAUUUGGGACCAAGUGCGCACGGUGUGGCCGACAGAUCUACGCCAGCGACUGGGUGCGGCGGGCUCGCGGCAACGCCUACCAUCUGGCCUGCUUCGCCUGCUUCUCGUGCAAGCGGCAGCUGUCCACGGGCGAGGAAUUUGGCCUGGUUGAGGAGAAGGUGCUGUGCCGAAUCCACUACGACACCAUGAUCGAGAAUCUCAAGAGGGCCGCAGAGAACGGGAACGGCCUCACGCUGGAGGGGGCAGUGCCCUCGGAGCAGGACAGUCAACCCAAGCCGGCCAAGCGCGCGCGGACAUCCUUCACAGCAGAGCAGUUGCAGGUUAUGCAGGCGCAGUUCGCGCAGGACAACAACCCCGACGCGCAGACGCUGCAGAAGCUUGCGGACAUGACGGGCCUCAGCCGGAGGGUCAUCCAGGUGUGGUUUCAAAACUGCCGGGCGCGUCAUAAAAAACACACACCACAGCAUCCUGUGCCGCCCUCCGGGGCGCCGCCGUCCCGCCUCCCUUCAUCCCUAUCCGACGACAUCCACUACUCCCCAUUCAGCAGCCCUGAGCGGGCGCGCAUGGUCACCCUGCACGGCUACAUUGAGAGUCAGGUACAGUGCGGGCAGGUGCACUGCCGGCUGCCUUACACCGCACCCCCCGUCCACCUCAAAGCCGAUAUGGAUGGGCCACUCUCCAGCCGGGGUGAGAAGGUCAUCCUUUUUCAGUACUGACGCUUCCGGCACUCGCGCAUCUGUCCACGGGCGCCCCACAGCUGCCCCUCAACCGCUGAAAUGCCGUGUCCGAGCGCGCGCUGCCAGGGAUCCGCCCACCUCCGUGUCCACCCCUCAUCUGCCAUCCCGCCCGCCACCAGCUGGGCCCCUGCGCCUGGCUGUCCCCUCUCCUGCUGAGAACCAGAACCCGCCAGGAGCACCGCAGAGUCCUCCUCUUGGAAGGCAGCGUGCCCUGAAGUUUGGAAUCGGGGCGAGAACAACAGCCCAGCUUUCCCUUGUAGACAGGACUCUUCUUCGACGAACUGAAUUGUGCAACGCCGACAGCCUUCUCAUUUCCAGGCUUCCUUUCCUCCACGUUGGCCUUCGCUCACUCCCCCCUUGGAACCACCGCCGACUUCUGGAAGCCGACAGGCCCCAGUGUUAUCCGCUCUGUUGCUUUUGUCUGGAAAACUCUACAGUGUCUGUGGGAUGUCCCCCAAGGAAAGCUGUGUUCUAAUUUUAUCAUUUCCAUCUGUCUGGUUAUGUCAAGUUAAGUCAGAGGGAGGAGAGACACUGACCAACCCUGAGAGGCCCAGCAGGGCAGGAUGGAGGCCUGCCCAGGGCGGGAGUGGGUGGACAGGCAGGGGCUGGAGGGACAAAGGCCCACACUGGUUUGGAGCUCAAGGAGAAGAAUGUGGCACAUUUGGCUGGGAGAGGAAAGAACAAACUCGGGGUGUCUGUGGGAGACCUUCCCCCUUCCUAGCUCUGCAGUACAGAUGUGCACAGACGACAUGGCAGAGAUGGUGUUCACACUACGUGGUGGUGUUCCCGGGUGCUUGGGCAGGUUAGAAUUGGGAGCCCUUGGGGGCCGCUUGUUGGCUCCUGGUAGGGGUGCCUAGGCCACACCUCUUUUAGGGGGACCUCUCAUGGGGGGCUGGGGAGUAGAGCCCAGGGAAAUGGCAGUCAGGGUGUUAAUUCUAGGCCCACGUCUGAGUAGAGAGAAGGUGCCCACUGCUAGGUGGGCGUGCCAAGCCCAAGAUUCCAGCUGGCACCUCCGGGCUCCCCCUUCCCCCACUCCUGAGAACGGAGGCCAGACACAUCUGUGCUUACCGCGCCCUGUCCUGCUGCAGCUCUUCAACCCCAAACAAAAGGGCUUGGGCUACAUGAGACCAUGACGUAUGUUUUCAGGGGACGCCCCUGUGUCCCAAGUUUACCCUGUGAUGCUACAAGUACUUGGUGUCCUGAUGCACUUCCCACUAGAGGCUGCUAGUCAGCAUGUUUUAGCCCAGGUCCUCCUCCGUGCUCUGGUGAACCCGAUACGUGGCCUUUGGAAGGAGACUCUAGGACGGGGAAAGCAAGUCCACGGCACGUGUGUGCCGACUGUCUCUGUUUUUACCCAUGGCAGACAUUGCUAAUCAAUCACAGCACUCUCUCCUACCGAGUCUAGAUAAGGUUUCAGAGUUCAGAUGCUUGAAGUUGGCACUUAACAUGAGAGCCCAUGGGUCAUUCUUGCUCUGGCACCUGCAGAAAGGUGAGGCAUGGGUGCAGCUCAAGGAGGGGUCCUGCUUCCUUUCCCUUCUGAAGAUGGUUCCAGCUGACUCAGGGCAAAGAGAAGGCGCUCCUCAGAAUGCGGUCAGUACAGCUCUGUUCAGAACCCAUCCUGUGAACAGCAGGUACCGGCCCUGUGCUGGGGGCUGAUGGUAGCAGGCGCAGUUCAGGCCUGAUCCCUGGCCUUGGGGAACUCUAAUUUUCCUCUGAUUUUUGCUCCUGAGGCCCCCAAAGCAACCAUGUAGUCAGCGGUCAGUAGAGCCCUACCCAGGGUCACCCAGCACCCGCUCUGCCUUGAGCCUCCCCCCAGGGUCUGUCCCUUGCGUGGAUCACGUGGUCGUAGCAUGUUGCAGUUCAGACAUGUCUCCACUAGCCUGUUAGAGCAGCCUGGGAAUGUACAGGCAUCAAGACUAUUUAUUUAAAUACAACACAAAAGGGGAACACACACACACUCACACACACGGAAAAAAAUUGUAAGCACUUUUUUGUAAAACCAAUGUCUGUUUUGUUACAUACCUUUCAUGUUGUGCUUUGUAAAUGUCUUAUUUGUGUAAUAAAUAAAGUUAAUGCAAGUAGAA